UAAACUGUUUACACCACGCCCAGACGGAGGGUUGUUGACACGUCCACACACACGUGUCCACUAGCGGUCACUGCCGGCCAGAGAACUGACACAAACAGGGUGUUUUUUUGGUGAAGUCAACUGUCACACCAAUAUGUUGACGUUUGGACUUCUUCUGACCACGUGUCUGGCAGUCAACUCGCAAGGGACAUCUGGGAACUGCAUGGCAACUGGCUGUGGUGAUUCCGGUAUAUGUAUAGACUAUGGGGACGGCAACGUGCGCUGCUCCUGCACCGACGGCUUCAAGGGAACGGCGACUCAAUGUGUGGCAGAGACGGAUUGUAGGUUCACUGGAUGCACGGACGGCACGUGCGAGUCUGGGAGUGACGGGUCAUUUAGAUGCACGUGCAAGCCAGGCUUUGUUUUCACUCAGGAUGACAACAAAUGCGAGCCAGCCCCCGAGAACUGCCCGGACACCCCGUGUCCAAAUGGUUACUGCAGGACUAACACGGACGGGAGCAAGAUGUGCAUGUCGGACUCUUCAGCCUCUAAGACAGAAGACUGCUCGACCCGGAACUGCCAAUACGGCGUCUGCAUCAACAGGAACGGCGUGUACGGUUGUCAGUGCCUCAUGGGAUACACCCUGUCAACUACGGACCGCACCGUGUGUGUCCCACUUACACCAGGUCAGUCUGCCACAAAUGCCAUCAACAUGUGCCAGUGGACUGUCUGCACUAACGGUCGCUGUGACACGGAUCGGGCAGGGGCGCCAUAUUGCAUCUGUAACCCUGACUACCAAUGGUCAUCGACCAGUAGGACCGUGUGUGUGAAGAAAUACAAACCAGUUCCAUGGAGUUGCGAUGUGAGUGGGUGUCAGAAUGGCUACUGCGGUAGAGGGUAUGCUGGUCACCGGAAGUGCAUCUGCUAUCCUGGCUUCCGUCCGGAUCCUUAUCACCCAUCACGAUGUGUCGAGAUCUACAACCCAUGGAGAUACGGCUUUGACAUUUUUUCGUCACCAAUGGGAAUGCUACUUCUGGGAGAUUUCUAGAUCCUUGGACCGCCCAGUUGUUUCUGGUUAUUAAUAUAAAUUAAUAACAUUAUGAUUUUGAGUGUUAUUGUCGUGUAUAAAAAUGGAUAUGUGUCAGCAAUAAAUUUUGUACGUUUGCAA